AGAGAAGUAUACUUUUAUCUACAUAUACUUCCCCCCCGAACCCUUUCUUUCCCGCAUUUUGCGCAUAAUCAAAAGCAUAUGGGAAAGGCGGGUUGAGCCUGCAGAAAAACAAUGUCUCCAUCCAUGCCCUCGUGGCUGCAUUGGUACAACAAGCCUUCGUACCUCGACCCUGUAUCCUUCUCGAAGUCAGCAAAUGCAGAUAUCGAACAAGGCAUGGGCUCGGGCUCGAGGCCGUCGUCCAUCAGCUCUCAAUCCGACACUGCUAUCCCAGCUGACUUAUCGCUGGACCGGGUCCUCGCCAACAAGACAUGCAGUCCAUUGUCGCUAUACGACUUCUACAUGUACCUCAAGCACAUAGAGCUGUCGCCCGAGAAUCUCGAGUUCUACAUUUGGUUCAAAGACUAUGAAGCUCGCUACCAACAGCAGUCCCAUCCUGAUCUACCGAGUCAAAUGACACCACUACUCCUCGCGCCCACGGGCGAGAAAUCAGCCACGUACUCCUACGCCGGCGCUAUGACAGAAAGUGAACUCGACGACGAGAAACCCGACUCAGGCGCCGAGUCUGAACUUCAAUCGUACAUCGAAUCUCUCGUCGCCGUAACCCAAGAGACUCGACCCUGCCGCAACCCCAACCCUCUAUUCUGGCCACGGCCCUCAGCAGCCUCAGACCGCACACUAGCUGCGCGCCCCUUCUCGAACCGCGAGGAACUAUCGCACGUCGCAGCCAUGUUCCUGACACCGAGCUCCCCCAAAGAGCUCAACAUCCCGCCCAGCAUGCGCGAAAAGGCGCUCGAGGGAAUCGCGACCUCCGACUCACCAGCCCAUCUCGCCCCCGUAGCCAACCACGUCUACUACCUAUUGCGCAACUGCUCGCACCGAAACUUCAUCAGACUCGGCGUCAAGAACGGCACCUUCGAGACGCUCUGCAUGGUGACCAUUGUCGGUUGCCUAUUUACAGCCCUGGGAUUACUGACAAUACUCCUCGUGGCGUUCGCAUCACCAUCGAUCCACCACUCGUCUCGCUGGCGCGGCCUUGCAAGCGUCCCAUUCUGGGUCAUCGGAUUCAGUUUCCUGUUCGCAGGCUGGCGCGGCAGUUGCUUCUUGUUGCUCCUGUUCUCGCGCCGACAGGAAUUACCCUGGGAGCGACUCGAGGAUAAUGCCAGCACGAAAUCAGGACGCAGUGUGCGAUUGCAGCAACUAUGGCUGGUCCGGUUCGCGAAGAAGUUAAUGAUCUUUGAGCGCAAGAUUAGGGUGAAAGAUCAGGGAUUGAGACAUCUACAAAGGAAGAUUGUUGUCCAGAGUGUUGUUGCUGCUGUUAUCGUCACGGCGGUGUUGGAAGUCGUAUGGCUUGUGCUGCCAAUCUGGAAGUGAGGAUGUCAUGAUCAAUGUGAUAUGAUGUGAUCUGACCUGGCAGGCCGGUGCUGGAUUUCUUGUCUUCUUGUUUACCUCUUAUGUUUCAUUGCGCUAUGAUACCAAGGUGUGCCUGUCCUUUCAGCUUGAUCAAAUAUUC